UAUUUUAAGCGUUGAUUCGCUCUGAUGAGCAGGAAUUAGAUACACACGCGCUACGCGUGUGACUUUUUGAUGUUGCCCCAACAAUAUCCAAAGCCAUGGUUACGCACCUUAUUUCAUUCUUUUGUGGCACAUCAUCAGAGAAUGAAUCACAACGUCCCACAGUGGUCUUUUACGUAAAAUUGUUAUUUUUUGAUAUAGAAAGAUAUUAGCCAUCAUGGCCUAACAAGCAAAAGAUGUCGAAUAAAGAGGAGAUGAAUGUCCAGAAAGUAGGAAGCUACCAUUUUGAAGUUGAUAAAGACGUCAGAGAGAUCUUUCAAAGCAUUGAUCUCGAACAAAGACGAAGAAUCCAAGAAAAUGCGCAAACACAACUUGCAGUAAUACAUGAUAGAGUUAAAAAGGCUCUUGCUCAUUAUGGUAUCAAUACCAACAUUCUUGCCACACCAUCUGAAAUUGCAAUGGAGGAACUUCGUCAGAGGAGACCACCCGGAUUCAACACAAAACAGAAACGAGAAGAAAUGUUACAUAAGCGUACAAUCUUGGACACUAUCCACGAGUAUGGUCAGACCUGUCUACGUCGAGAAAUGCUGAUAGAUGAGUUUAGUGACUGGAUGUAUGAUGUACAGACAACUGUGGAAAAAAUAAUCGUUAGUGAUGAAGAAAUAAUAAAGAAGAAUAAUGAAGUAACAUUAAUGGAAAGAAGUAUUAUUGUUGCUGUGAACGACCAUAAGAAACAUGUCAAGAAAAUUGUAGAGAAGUUCAAAGUACUUAGCAGAGAAAUGUUUGAGACUAUGAAUGAACUAGCCACGAUGGAACAUGAAGAGGUUGAACCAGAAACUGUAGAUCUGACAGAGGCGGUCAGUGCGACAACGCGUAGAAGAAACGCGGUCAGGUCAAGGGCUAAGGAUAAUAAGGACCCAUUAAAUGAAAAAGCGUUGAUGGCUGAUGCUGCUAAUUGGAAAGCUGCGUCAGUUGAAGUUAAGAAAGCGUUAGAAGAGGCGGGGCGAAUGGCCAAGACAAAUAACGACAGAAAUAUGUGUCGGAAUGCUUUAAAGCAGUUCAAUUUCAUGUGUGUUGCAAUGGAGAGACGAAACCAAGAGAACUGUGUUCUUAGUCAAAACAUUUUGGAGCUUGAAGUCAAUGUUAACCAUCUCAAUAAAGCAACUGAGCGAGCUGAUGAAGAACUAAAGAAGAAGACACUACGGCUGGAGUCGAUGGAGAAGUUCACUGAGAAACAAAAUCAGAAGAUUGCUGAACUGAAGCAAAAAUUAAAGGAAUUAAAGGAAAGUUACGAAAAAGUCCUUGCAGCUUUAAAAAAGGCACAAGAAAAGGAGAAACAGUUACUAAAUGAGGGGGAAAAGGCUAACGAUCAGAAAGAUAAAAAAGCAGCAGAAGAGUUGAGAAUCUUUGAAGAUAGAAUGUCCCAAAUUAUUGCAACAAUGACAAAAGAGAUUGAAGAACUACGUGCCGUUAUCCAAGAACAUGAGGAUACCAUUGAGAAGUUGAAAGUAGUCAUAGAAAACUUAGAGAGGCAAUUAGAUAAUGCAUUAGACAAGCAACACGAGUAUGAGAAACAGUUGAACAUAACAGUUCAGGACACCGAGGCAAAAAACAGUCGACAGGAGUCAUUACGUGAGCAGUACACGCAACGCAUCAAUGACUACAGAGCUGAAAUUGAUAAAUUGGAGGAAGAUAUUCGCAAAUUACAAAGUGAAUUGCAGACCAAGGUUGACAUGAUAAGUGUUCUUGAACUGAAAGUAACGGAGCUAACUGCAGAGUUAAAGAAACGUUCAGUUGCUGCUGCCUUGCCAUCACCAAUUGAAACGGCAGCAGCUCCAAAUUCCCCGACUGACUACCGUCACAUGGUGUCGCGUAUAAAAGCCGAGUAUGAGUUGGAAAUACAUAAACUUCAAGACCAUUUGAGUAAGGAGAAGCAGAGAUGUGAUGCUACAUUAAGGAAGCAAGAACAGGAUAUGAAGGUGCAACUGGCAGGCAUUCAUCGUGUUAGCUUACACCUACUGCGUGCAAUCAACCAUUUCAAAGACAGCUUAGUCAAUAUUUUUGAAAAAGAAGGUCUGCUGGAUUUGGCACACGAAGUGAAAUUGCAACACAAUCUACCAGUUGAUGAAAAGCCAACAGACACAAAAAUCAAGCUAAAUAUGAUGUCAGGAAAUGCAUUAGAAUUGCUUGUAUCAUUAGAAAUAAAGAUUUCUCAAGCAUUGAUGAACAAGCGCAUUGAGUUGAAGGAAGCCUUAGCACCUAAACGUGGAUCAUCACCGGCGCAUGAUGGAACCGCUGAUGAGGAGAAAGAGCGACUGAGAAAGGAAAAUAUUCAAGCUAAUGAAAAAGUCAACAAGAUGCAAGAGGAGAUUAAUGGUCUGGAAUACUUGAUAUCAGAAACAAAACGAAUACAGGAGGAGAAGUACAAGGCUCUGUUGGAUCGCCAUAAGCAACUAAUCCUUCACAGUAGUGGUAUUCAAAGAGAAAUGAGAUCAUUACAAGCCGAUUUCCAAAAAGAGCUGAAGCAGCGGGAUUCCAAGUUGCGUUCGAUGCGAGGCAACUUAGCAGAACAAGAGCGUAAUAAACAGAUGCUGGUGAUGCAAAUGGAAAGCAAUAAGGCUAUGCCAAGUCAGGCAGUUAAGAAGGAAGAUAUUAGUGCUUUGAAAUUGAAGGUAGAAGACCAGUUUAAAAACUUGAAGAUGUUGGGAGAUGCCUUGAAGGAGAACAAAAUAUCACUUGAGCUCCAUACAAUCACUGUUGAUGUCAUAACUCAAGCAAUGGAAGUACCCGAGAUGAGGCUAAGGCAACUAUUUGAGCGUUACAUCACAUUCAGAAAACUUCAGGACCAGAAAGAGCAACUGAUGAACAAACUUUCAAUGACAACCGGCGAGCAAGAGCGUUACCUUCAAGGCUUCCUUACAAGGAUGGAGAAACGCAUGCAGGAAUCGAUCAAGAAAUGGCAGGAGAAGAAAGAACAACUUAAAGUACAACGGACAAAGCUGUAUGAACAGAUGUUUGCCAUAUUUGAUGCUGUCAAGGAAGAAACUGGUUUGAGUAUGAUCAAACCGAUUACCAAAACGCUAAUAUUUAUCAAGCCUCAACAACAACGGCGGGAUCAUGGACGAACUAUGGGACCUUACGGUGUGCAUCUGAAAAUACCCGAUAAACCAAGCAAUGUAAUUGGAACAAGUGUUGCGCUUAUAGGCAGCAGAGGUCCCGUAUGGAAGCCAAUAGGAAACAUCGAUCAUUUCCCAGCAUACAUCACAACACCACGGACACUUGAUCUUGAUGUAAAUUAUAGAAGGCAACGAGCAAGAGAAGUGUUGAAACGAUUGGGAAUGGGAGACUUUACUAAGGAGAACCCUUCACGGCAGCCAUCGCGGAUGUCACAAAGUCCAUCUGUUCCGCCACUAGCAACUCUGUUUCCUCCAAUUACAAACUUUAAGAAGUGACCGUCUCUCUCAUGCACACUAAUAAAGCUAUUAUGUUCAUUUGUUUUACAAUUAUAUAUACACACCAGAGGACAAAUCCAGUGUUUAUUCAUUAUUUGGUAGCAUUGACUGUAGAAUGAAACUUAAUGAAACAUAAAAAUAACACUGGCUGUUGCCAUUCAGUGAGCGAGAGGAUGUAAGGUUGCACCAAUCACUGCACCAAUCACUUCACCAAUCAACAGUUGUUUUAGAUAAUAGCCUUUGAUGGCUUUUGUAGAAAAAAAUUGAAAUAUGAUGAACAAAAAUGAAUACUGUAUGCAGCCAAUAGAUCAACCUGGAAAAAUAAGCAAAUUAAAUAUACUAUGUACAAGAUAACUCAAUAUGAUAACAUAACUUUUAUUGUCCAAUAAAACAGCUGGAAAUUUGUUUUCCUCUGGCAAUACAGAAACACAAGGUAAAAUAACAAUUAAAAUACAAUAGAUAAAAAUGUUUAAUACUAUAACAGGAUUAGAGCUGUGGUUUGGUAUUUAAGAUGCUUGCCUUCUAAUCCCAGAGCCCUGGUUCAGACCUUGUGCUUAAUGACUAAAUGAAUUCUUCACAUAAUAGAGCAUCACAUCCAUUCUGAGGAUGGCUCCAGAAUUUUGCUGGCAAGGGGUCCAAAAGGAGUUCGAACCAAGGGACCAUGUAGAACCUUGGUCAGGGUCCUGGAAUAAAAUCCCUGGUUGUGUUCUUGGGGAUUGCCCAUCUGUGCUGUAUAGCACAGAUGGGCAAAGUGCAGCCCUCGGCAAUGAAUUAAAAACCCCUACUAUGUGUGCAGCCUGCCAACCAUAUUUGGCUAGAGACCUUGUUUUUUACAGCCCAAAACUGAUCAACAGUACUGUAUUAAAACUGAGCAUAAAGUGGUAUAAAAGCAGUGCAUUGAGGUUUUUGAAACCUAUUGAAAACGUAAAAGCUUGGAUGUGGUACCCUUACGUGUUAAAUCAAAAAAUUUACUUGGCCCUCCAACAACCUAUCCUAUACCACAACCCUGUGGUAUAGGAUGGCCCAAAAUUGCCCUUUUGGUCCUCUGAUUAGCCACAUCCACCUCAGUACGACCAUGAUUGGAGCUGAGUUGAAAACAUGUAGGUUGUUGCACCUCUAGAUCCACAAAUAUGACACACAGAGCAGCCGAAGCUUGUUCAGAAAAACAUUAAUUCCCCCCCCCCCCUCCGGAGACAGAUUUUUUACGAGACUCGUCGACAACUGGGCUAUGUGUCCCAGCUGCUGCUGGCCCUUUCAAAUCUAUAUUGAAGCUAGCUGAAUAGUAUGCAGUGGCAGUUCCAGCGGAGUGGGCAUCCACAAUCCCAUCAAUAACCCUGGACCUCCAUAUGUGGAAGGAGCCAAUCGGAGUGUGCCAUUUUGGGUGCCUAUGGUGUGGCUGAGGUGGAUGUUGACCCUGCCAUGUUAAUGCUAUGUACCACACCUUCAUGUUUGAAAUUUGUGCAAUGUUGAAUUGUAUUAUAAAGUUAUUUACUUCAUUGCAUACUAUGCAGUACCUUGAAAAAGAAUGUGUCCUAAUGGGAAAAUGCAAGGGUGUAUACCACAUGGCGUCAUAGCUCAGUUGGUAGCGUAUCUAAACGGUAAUUGAAGGUCUUGGGUUCGAAUCACUAAGGGGUGUAUACCACAUGGCCUCAUAGCUCAGUUGGUAGCGUAUCUAAACAGUAAUUGAAGGUCUUUGGUUCGAAUUCCUAAGGA